AUGGAGGGUGCUUAUAAGAGAGGUGUCCAUGGGCUGCCUCCUCUCCCAAUUUCACUAUCCAUUAGUGGGAAUAACGGCGGCGCUAACAGAGAAAUAACGUCCUCUGAGAAUCUGUCAACCACUCUGGCUGCUGAUCUCCAAGACAAGAAGCAGAAACGAAUUCUUGCAAGCAGGCAAUAUUCGCAGAAAUAUAGACUUAAGCAGCUCCAUUAUAUCCUGCAACUCGAAACAGAAGUGAAGGCUCUCCAGGCAGAAGUAGUGAUUACUUCUCCCAGGAUCAAAUAUUUUCGUCGUCAGAACUCGUUGCUUCGAGCAGAAAAUGUUUUUAUGAAGGAAAAACUUAAUGCCAUAUCCAAUGAAUGUACAUUCAAAGAAGCUCAAUAUGAGGAACUGAAGGGGGAGAGUGAGAUAUUCAAGCAGCUCUUCAAACAGCAAGAAGAGGCUGCAGGACUGGUCAAAGCCAAACCUGCAGAUCAGAAUUGCACACUAGAAUUUAAUCUAUUCCAGGAACCUCAUUCUUCAAUGUCGCCACAGAUGUUUAACCAGAACAUGAAUCCAUUUGCACCGGGACAGAUUUGA